UCUCAGCUCGGCGCAUCCCCUCUGCUGGACGAAGUGCGACCAUUUUGCAGGGGGGGAGCUGCGAGUGGUGGCCAUUGACGGUGCUAGAGAGCCAGGUUUGGGGCGCGGGACGGCGGCCUGAGUCGCUGGACCCGGGGAUUAACGCCCCCCCCGGGAAGGCGAGCAAGAACAGUGCCAACGCUUCUCGGUUAUUUUGUCGUCUUCGUCGCCAGCGCCCGCCUCCGAGCUUCGAUUUAACCAGCCAAGAUGUCUAGGCCUGUCAGGAACAGAAAAGUAGUAGACUACUCACAGUUUCAGGAAUCAGAUGAUGCAGAUGAAGAAUAUGGUAGAGAUUCAGCCCCUCCAGCGAAGAAAAUACGUUCAUCACCAAGAGAAGCAAAAAGUAAGAGGAGGUCUGGAAAGAAUUCUCAGGAGGACAGUGAAGACUCAGAAAAGGACAUGAAGACAAAGAGAGAUGAUUCACACUCAGCAGAUGAAGAUUUUGGCAGUGAGGAUGAUAUAGGAGCAGAUGAUGGUAAAGCUGACAGUGACUAUGAAAGUUCUCAAAAGAACAAAAAAGGAAAAAAAGUGAAGCCUGACAAGAACAAAAGAGCUGGUUCCAGAUCUAGAAAAAGGGCUGCAGAGGACAGUGAGGAUGAGAAAGAAGAUCACAAAAAUGUGCGUCAGCAGCGGCAAGCAGCAUCCAAAGCUGCUUCCAAGCAAAGAGAAAUGCUAAUGGAUGAUGUGGGAAGUGAGGAGGAAGAUCAGGAAGAGGAAGAGGCAGCAUUUCAGGAUAAAGAUUCUGGCAGCGAUGAAGACUUCCUUGUGGAAGAUGAUGAUGAUAGUGACUAUGGCAGUUCAAAAAAGAAGAAUAAAAAAGUGGCUAAGAAAUCCAAACCAGAAAGGAAAGAAAAGAAAAUGCCUAAACCAAGACUAAAGGCUACAGUUACACCUAGUCCGGUAAAGGGCAAAGGAAAGGGAGGUCGUUCCACAGCUUCAAAGACAUCAAAAGAAAAAAACCCAUCCCCCAAAGAUGAUGAUGAUGAACCUGAAAGUCCUCCACAAAAGAAGAAAUCAGUUAGUCCACCUCCAGAUAAAUCUGGGGAUGAAGGGUCUGAAGAUGAAGUCCCAUCUGGUGAAGAUUAAAUGGUGGUGUGGGAGAGAAACUUUUUUGAGAGAGAGUAAGGAAAAGAGGAUAUACUUAGGGGGUAGAACAUGGUUUUGGUUGUGGCUUGACUAUUGGGCUGUGAAUGCCACUUUUACUUUAGCUGUUUUAAUAGUACAGUUCUUCUGUUUUUUUGUUUUUUUUUUAAGAAAACCUUUAUGUUUUGAUGUCACAGUCUCUACUGGCCAUUCCGUUCUCCCCAACAAAUCUGAAAGCCAUUUAGAUUUAAAUUAACAGCUAACUAAAGAUAUAUUUUUGAAAGCUUACUACAGUUGUUAAGCAAUAAGAUUGAAGCUGACACUUGAAGAUCAUAGUUAACAAAUAGAUUUUCCAAAGCUGGGAAGGCAGUUUGCUUAAUUGAAUCCAAAAACAGUAGAUUAUUGCAUAUAGCAUUUUUGUUGGCAUAAAUCCAUCCUUUGUACCUGAAUUAUUUUGAAUUCCAUUAAGCAUUGCAAGUUCCAAUAUUCUGAAUCUUUGGGGUUCCACUGUUUAUUUAAUGGCUAAGGUUAUUUUAAUAAUAAUUUAGUCUGAUCUGUUCCAGGCUUUGAGAAGGUCAUACCUGUUUAUACCAUUUAUAUCCUUUGUUAGGAUAGCAUUUCUGUUGGCCAAAAUGCAUUCAUAUCCUUCCAGCUUAUUAUAAAAUUCCUGUGCUUUUUGUGCUUUCUUUCCAUAAUGUUUGAUUUCAUGGAGAAAUUCUGGAAGCUGGAAUAAUUGCUUUAAAAUUUUUGAGCAAUGCACUGAAUGGGUGAUGACACAGUAUCUUAUUCAACCACUGGGUGUUGAUUUAAGUAUAUUUCCCUUCAUAUUCCACAAAGUUAGAAUACUCUGCUUCUACCAACGUAAUUUGUCUUUUACCAUACCCCUCACUGUUUACUUAACUUCCCUUCCUGGAGAGUGAGUGCUGGUUCACUACCAGGUCUUAUUUGUUGGUUAGCAGAAGCUGGACACCUAGGCUAAACAAGGAACAGGGUGUAAACUGGAAGACAUGAGGGAUAUAACAACAAAAUCCUGCCAGAAUUAGCAUUUCAGUAAGUUUUAAGUGAUGCAAUGACAUUUCCAAUUUAAAUAUAAGUUGGAUUUUUUUCUGUCCUUGUAAAAGGAACUGCCGUAUUUAGUGUAAUUUGAAGUUGUUUUUCACUUUUCACUUCAACCAUAAUCUCUUUAAAUAGAGGUUGAGUAUUAGUGUUCUGAAGACAGAUCGUUUGAUCUCUGCUUAUAUAUUGUAAGUUUAUAAAAAGCCAAAUGGAUGGCAACCCCAAAAAUAUUCUCUUUGUAGGCUAGGCCUACCUAAUAAGUAUUGCAAAGCCAAAGUGAAAAUGAAGUACCAUUCUGGUUUUCUCUUUCUUUCUCACACACACAUACAUACCCACAAACCCAGCAAAGUAUAAUUUGCAUUUUAAAAAUACUUGGCUUAUCCCCUUUAUUUUGUUUUCUUAUUUAAAGCAAUACUACUUGCGUCUAUAAUUGUUUCAAAUAUAAAUCUGGGGCGUUUUAGCAAAAUAAUACAAAUUCAUACUGGCUUGAAGUGACAGCUUUGAUCUAGAUGUUGGCUUAUUAAUUUUUGAACAAUAUCUAGAAAGUGGAAAUGUUUUGACUUUCUCCUGUGACAGAAGCCAAUCCAGGCUGAGUAAUUUUUGCCAAUUUAAUUGAGGUUUAAGUGUUGAAUGGUAUUAUAGCUAUGUAUUACUUAUGUCUGAAUUGUAAGUUCAAAACAGACUUAUCCCAUCCUACAAAUAAAUGCUUGGUGACCUAGUAUAUUUAGUUGCUCCAAAUGUGCAGGGAUUGGAGUGAUUACCUUUUAAUUAUUGUGGUCAGCCAGCAAUAUAUUUCAAUCUUUCCAUAUAUUUUUGCUGCUGAUUCAAAUUUAUUUUAUAGAAUAUGCAUUUCUUUUUCUUUCUGUCCUUUUACUAACAGAUACAUUGGUGUGUAAUAAGAAUUGGAAAGCCAUUUAGAUUCUUCCUGUUUUUCUUACAGAUAAAUGAUAGCAAUUGGAUUUCUUAAUCCUAAAUCAAAUGCUGUGCUUUCACUGAUCCUUGCAUUUAACUCCUGGACAAAAAUAUUUUCAAGGCUCUUGAAAUCUCUUAAUUCAGAUAGUGGUUGUUUGGCCUUUUCCCAUUUGAUAAACAGUCCAGAGACUGAACAUUAAUUUUCUCCCCUGCUGUUCACAUAACAGUAGCAAAAUAAUAUUUUAAAUAUUUCAUUCUAUUUUGCAGACUUCUGUCUCUCUGUGUAUAUUGCUUUUAUGUGAGGUAUUCUAGGGAUGCAAUAGCUAUAUUAGUUCAUUACUUUGUUCCAUAGAACAAGUGUUGCCAGAUAAACAAAUAGGUAUAUUCCAGUGUGCGUUAAUCAGACUAUAUUGGUUGCAUCCUGGGAAUGGCAGGUUUUUUGAUGUAGUAGUUUUAAUUAAAUAUUUCUUGCAUUUGCUGAAAAACCAAAAGCAAAUAUGUUUAGUGUAUCUAAGUUAUUACUUCAUAUAUAAAUGUGAUAGCAACAGGGGUAUACAUAAAAUUUCAGUGACGUUUUGAAAGGUGUGUGUUUGCACCUUACCUUUGGGGCCUGAAGGGUAAUGGUGGCUAUAAUACUGAAGAAAUAACUUGCACACUGUAAAAGGAUAAUGUUUAGAUACACUCUUUGUGAUGACUUCUCUUCAGUAUAAUAUUUUAGCACAGAUCAAACAAAUGCAGGGGCAUAAUGACUAGUUUGAUCUGAUAUUAAAAAAUCAUGUUGAAAUAUAUUGGGGGAAAAAGAUGGAAAUGUAUAUGCAUUCGGGUGGUUGAUGUGAUAUAAAUGUUGAAUAUACUCAAUUGUAAUAUGCCUGCACCAAAUAAUGAAACUGUUAAUUGAAAAUACUUUUAGACUGAUUUUAAAAGCAUUACCCAAGUAUAUGAGACAGCUUAACUAAAUAGAGCUAAGGAAGAAAAAAUGCUAUAAACAUGCUGGAAAUUUAUGAGCUGUAGAAAUUGGUGCUUUUGCUUUAUGUAAUUUUUCUGUGGAGUGUUUAUUUUUUAUAACAAAUCAUAAUGUUGACACAUGAUUUUAUAAAAUAAAAGGAAAUCGAUUCCCAUGAUUUUAGGUAUUUGGUAAAUCGUAUUAGUAUUUUAUGGGGAGAUUUAACUCUUUCCCCUUUUCAGUUAACUUCAUUAAAUGGCUGGAUCUGAAUGGCUUGGUCUCAAGCUUGGUCAUCCUGUUACUGAAACUCUCCUUUCCUUCACCCCCAAUUUCAGUUGGAGUCUGGGAUUAUCCCCUCUUAUGUUCAUAUGGGACAGUGCGCCAUAUGUGAAAUGCACAGUGUAGAAGCUGGGUAUGGAUAUACUUGUAAUAAUUUCAGGGCCCAGGGUUCAUAAACAAAACUAAGCUGAUGCUUGGCUUUAGUAUCUCUUUCCACAUUCUUAUUUCAGUUUACUGCUUUGCUGGAGAGCUUACACUUCAUUAUUUUCUAUUAAAACUCUUCUAACAUUUAAAGCAAGUGCUUCUCUGUUUUGAGUCUAUUAAAGCAUUCACUACAUGUUGAUUUGAUGUGUUAACCUUUUUUGAAAAGAUCGAUUGACCCACCUGCUGCUGUUCAAAAUAGUAGAAAACGGAAUGGUUCCAUCAGAGCAUGUUUGGUAUGAAUGUAAAAUACCAUUAUGCAUAUGUUUUAUAUACCUGGGUGGGGAUUUUUUAAUUGAGAAUACAGCAUUGGGGCAGAACAUAAACUUGCUAUAGCCACCAUAACAUGAAAACCCCUUCAAGUAUCUUGUAUGAGUGGGAAUGAAAGCGCAUGUGUGUACGCAUGCAUGGGUGUCUGUCUGACAAUUUAAUGUGUGUUAGAAAUUUGUGGUUUACUUUGCAGAAACAAUUAUUACAGAAAUUGUAUAUAAGAGUUUUACAUAAUUUGUUUAUCAGGAACAUGGCACAGUCAAACCCUAAAAAUUCCCAAGUUUUAGAGAGAGAAAGGCAACAAAUGGAGCAAGUGCUCUUUGUAUCAGAUAGAAAUUGAUUAAAGUGAAUGCAGUGGAUAUUUGUCUUGGAAUUAACUAUUUUGUUGGGUUCUAAUUCUCUCCAGAUUAUUGGAAAGCAUACAUUCAAAUGGGGUGCCAAGGCCACCAGUCAUGAUAAUUAACCAAUAAAAUUGCCAGUCCGUUGAGAGUGAAAUCUGCAGCAUGGUACUAGGGGUUCAGUUUGAAUGUAAUUCUAAUGCUUUAUAUAAAAAUGAAUUUUAAAAGGGGGGUUGAAGUGAACAUGAUAUUGUUGACCAUGUUCGUGAAUUAUUGAUGCAACAUGCAUUGGUAGAAUUGUGUGACAGUCUUUCGUGCUACUUAAUUUUACAUAUUCCAGUCUCUGUAUGUACUUGCAAUUU